CUAAUUUUUGUGGCAAUUAAGGAAAGCAUGGGUUCUGCAUACCAGAAAGCCCCUUUUAAAUCUCAGUUGGCUUUUUGAUGCCCUAUUUGUUUUCAUUUGUGUUUUCCUUGACUUUGCACAGGAUGCCAUUACUCCCUACAAGGAGAUCCUGCAGAUGUACUGGGAGAAGGUGACAGGAUUUGUGAACGCCCGCUGUGAUGGGCUGGAGCCCUGGCAGCUCAUUGGGCUGACUUUUUCUUCCACCCUUGCAAGUGUGUGGCUGCAUGGCUUCCUCUGCCAGCCUGAGAGUUUGACAUCCCGAACUAAAAAACAAUUCUUUAAACUGCUGAGAAAAAUGCCAUUUGUUGGGGCUAUAAUUCAAAAGAAGAUUGAUGAAGCCUUGAAUGAUGUCACUUCCAGUUUAUCCUUCCUGAAAGAUGAAAGGGAAUAUAUCAAAGCACUGCCAGAACAAGGCAUGAGCCAGCCUGAAGUGCUGCAGAAGAUGAAAGAGUACAGCUCAAAAGGAGAUGUACGCUGGCAGGAUGGCAAAGUCUCAGGGACUGUGUACAGUGGUGAAGAGAAACUCACCCACCUGCUGGUCAAGGUGUAUGAAGAGUUUGCCUGGAGUAAUCCUCUCCAUCCAGAUAUAUUCCCUGGUCUGAGGAAGAUGGAAGCAGAAGUAGUGAGGAUUGCCUGCACGCUCUUCCAUGGGGGCCCCAAAUCUUGUGGUGCUAUGACAUCUGGGGGCACUGAGAGCAUCCUGAUGGCCUGCAAGGCAUACAGAGACCUGGCUUAUGAGAGAGGCAUCAAGCAGCCAGAAAUGUUGGUCCCAGUGAGUGCCCACGCUGCCUUUGACAAGGCAGCACACUACUUUGGGAUGAAGCUGAUCCAAAUACCUCUGACCAAGGCUAUGGAAGUGGAUGUUCAGGCAAUGAGGAGAGCCAUCUCAAGGAACACAGCCAUGCUGGUCUGUUCUGCUCCCCAGUUCCCACAUGGAAUUAUGGACCCCAUUGAAGAGGUGGCAGAGCUUGCAGUGAAGUACAAAAUCCCCUUCCAUGUGGAUGCCUGCCUGGGUGGAUUCCUCAUUGCUUUCAUGGACAAGGCAGGGUUCCCCCUCAAGCGUCCCUUUGACUUCCGUGUGGAAGGUGUGACCAGCAUUUCUGCUGACACCCACAAGUAUGGCUACGCUCCCAAGGGCUCCUCGGUGGUGCUCUACAGUGACAAGGAGUACAGGAAGUACCAGUUCUUCAUAGCCCCUGACUGGCAAGGAGGAAUUUAUGCCUCCCCCUCCGUGGCAGGCUCCAGGCCUGGUGGGAUCAUAGCUGCAUGUUGGGCAACCCUGCUGCACAUUGGAGAGUCGGGCUACGUUGAGGCCACGAAGAGGAUCAUUAAAACAGCUCGAUUCCUGGAGUCAGAGUUGAGAAAAAUUGACAGCAUCUUCAUUUUUGGGAAGCCAGAGGUGUCUGUCCUGUCCAUUGGCUCAGACACUUUUGACAUCUAUCGAUUAUCUAAUUUUUUAGCUGCAAAAGGAUGGAACUUGAAUGUCCUACAGUUCCCACCAAGCAUCCAUCUCUGCAUCACGCAGCUGCACACCAAGCCCGGCGUGGCUGAGCAGUUCCUGAAGGACGUCAGGGACAGCAUCCAGGACAUCAUGAAGGACCUCAAUGCCAAGACCACGGGCAUGGGAGCCAUCUAUGGAAUGGCACAGUCCGUCCCAGACAGGAGCCUGGUGGCAGAGAUUUCCCAGGCCUACCUGGAUGGCCUCUACAGCACGGAUGUUCUCAGCACUGAAAAGCACAUGAACGGCUCUCCCAGCCACCACUGACUGUAGUGCAACAAUCUGUGCCUUGCCAGCCAGCACUGGGGUGGUUCCAAAGGUUUCCUAGGGAAAGAGAUUGCAGUUCCUUUGUUCCUACAAUUGCAGGUCUGAGGGUGGCUUGAUCUGGAAGAAUUCCUUCCCUGUCUUAGUCUCUUCUGAAAUCUGCAUUGUUUUCAUGCCCAAUUUCAGUUUUAGGGCUUUUCCUCCCUCCCCCCUGCCUGUUUUCAUCAUGGCUGUUGAUGGUGAAUUGAAUGUCCAUUCCACAGCUCCGAAUUCCUCAGGUAUCCUGCGUGUCCCUUCAUUCCAUGUUGUCUCUCCUCCUCAGACCUGGUGUUCAGCCAGUGUCCAGCCAAGUGUUAAAUUUGAGUUCUCACAUUGUGUUCCACGGCUCCAAUCUUCCUGGAAGCUAAUGGCAGACAGUAAAUUGGAAAUUUUGUUUUCUCUUGAGUAUUGCUGUAAGCUGCUGCAUUUAACAGACCUUGCUGGGAGCCUUAUAUCUGUGUAAUGCAGAACUGAUAAAUUGGCAGAGGGAAGGUAGUCAUGGCCUCCCUUUGAAAUCUGAGUGAGACUGCAAUCAAUAUCUGCUGAGGGGGAGAAAAAGACAACACAAACUCCUUUUCUGGAAUCUCUUGAACAACAGCAGAAGUAGAAACCAAGCAGGUGGCACAGGGAGAGGAACUGGAAGGUACUGAAAGCCCCAGGUACACUGUGGCUGUUCUGCUCCCCUGCCUCUUGUAGAAGACAUGCAUUGACCACCCAGGAGUGCUGUUUUCCCUUGCACAAAUCUGGAGGGAGGUGCAAAGCUCAUUUCACUGUUCAGAACUUGAAGGUUUUACACUGUCCCCUCAGGAUGCUGUAGCAGAGCCAGCCAGCCCUGGCCCCUGUCACAGCCAGGGACGUUGUGCGCAGACGGUUUUUUUAUCCACGGUCUUUUAGUAUCAAAAGGUGACUUUUGUAUUAGCAGUAAUCUCAGCUCUUUGCACUGAUUCUUUUAAGGCACAUUCUCAAAAGGGCAUUCACCAUUGUGCCUUGAUGCUUCUCUGGCUUUUUUUUUUUUAUGGCAGGCCAGGGAGGGUUGGAGGGUUCAGCUGUUUGACCGUGACCUUGGUUGUGGUCGUUUCUUUAUGGUACUAAUUCUGAAUACAAACCUCAAAGGCAGGCUGGCCUCAGAGGAAGAUGCACCCUUGCCUGUUAGGUAGGAUAGUAGUUGUAAUGAGCCAAGUCCCUUCACAGUAUUACAAAGAUGCUGGGAGAAACAGGAAAGGAUGCAGCAAGUCAGAGCUGUUCCAGCCUUGGGCACGUGGCUCAGCCUUUGUAUUUUUCCCUGCUGUUUUUAGGAUGAGAGGGUUUUCCCAGCAAAGCCUUGUGGCCUCAAGGACAAGCCAGAAUCUCUCAAGUAGCCUUGGAGUUACUCCUGCAGGGCUUUCCCAUGUUUCCUCUCAGCUUUUUGCAUGGAGCAGAGUUUCCCAGGCAGAAUCCCACAUGUGGGUGAAGACUUCAUGCUGUGUCUGCACAGUCCUGUGCGGGGCAUCUGAAGGCAUCUCUCUGCUCCAGCCUGUUAGCCUGAAGCUGGCCCUGGCUGCAGCACAGGAAUUUAAAGGAAUGAGAAGGUCACUGACCAGCUCUUGCACAAACCAGCCCAGCCACUGUGGGAAGGAUCCUGGCUUUCCAACAGCUUUAUUCCCUGUGCUAGGAGACACAAGCAUUUUGGCCAUCUGCCCUGAGCUUGAUGACUUCAUGCAAGUCUCUGAGCCCUUUUGAAAUCAUUGAAUUGCCUGAGAGUCUCUUGAUGGUGAUAUCAGCUCUGGCAGUUUGUAUUGGACCUAUUUAUUCUCUCAAGGUCUUGCCAAUGUGACCAUUACUGUAUCUCUGAGUUUGGAGACAGUCUUCAGUGUCUGGCUACUGUGAUGGUUCUCUUUGGAACCGAGAUUUAACAGAACAAAAAAAAUAAAAAAAGGGAGGUACUCUUUUUGUUUCUGCUUUAAAAGAAAGAAGGGGUGGAUUGGGGUGGGCUGAAGGAGAGCAAAACUCCCUUCUCUUCCUUCCCUGGUUGCAUUUUCCUCCCAGGAAGUAGGUGGAUCUAACCAGAUCAGUGCUCCAUUUCACACUUUUGGAUGUAUUUGAAGAUGUUAUUUGUAAGUCAAUGUAUUCUAUUCUGGGCUUUGCUCAUUAAUAAUAUUUGUGGGUUUAAUUGUUCCAUGUGUAUUUGUCCUAUACUGUAAAUGUAAUCCUGUGGUCAGGAGUAGGCCACUGUAAUUCCCUGGUGUGUAGUUUUUAUUCAUCCUUGUCACCUAACAUGUAAUCUGCAUCCACUUUAUCAUGCCAAAUGGUCCUGGAAAAAGAGAUUUACAGGCUGUGUGGUUGUUUUAAAGACAAAAAAGAGAAGAAUUUGAUGAACUGGAUUAUGAUCUGAAACUGGACGGUACUUUUAGACCUGGAGGGAUCCUUGCCACUGUGAAUUCCUGCAGGAUUUCCUGCUUUUCCAAGCGGGACACUCAAUUUGUUGCUUGUACAAAGCACUCCCAAGGGAUUCACCUGUUUUUAGGUACUAGAAUGAAGAAUAUCCAAUGGGAUGGACCAAGAAGAGAUGUGUGUCUUCAUGCCAUGGAUUUCAUCUGCACUUUUCUGAUGACUUGGGGGAGAGGGGAGCGGAAGGGUUGCGUACAACACAAUAAUACCUUGCCCAAUAAAUCCACAAGGACUUUUUAAUGGACAAAUGAGAUGAGUUGAUCUGAUGGCAGUUUUCUGCUUUGCUCUGAUUUGCCCCUGGUUGAACUGGAGGCUGAAAUAGCUGGAGAGCUGGUGAAAAUGGCCCUGGUUUGUAUUAAAAUGGUGCAUUUAGCUAUUUAGGCUCACUGAGCUCUUAUUUUCCUGCUUCAGUGCUUGUUUGAAUGAAUGUGAACCUGGAAUUUGCUCAUGCACAGCCUGGUCUGUGGCAGGGAGGAUGGUUUAUGAAUCUUACUAACUCUGCCUGAGGGCUGCUCUGUCCUUCGGUCAAAAUGAAGGUGGUGUCCGUGUCUGCAUCUUGUGUGUGAUGUUCAAGGGUGCUGGAAGUUAAGAGCUAUGGAUUUUCUAUUAAUACUUUGUAGAACUUAAAAGGGUUUUAAAAAGAGAAGAAAAAAAGACUUGAA